GCUGUACUUAUAGAAUCGUCUACAGAAGUGUUCAGUCGCAUCACAAUGUACGCGCUUGUGUGUUUAAGUCUCCUAGCUUGUGCCCUUGCGGCACCCCAAUACCAUUUCCGGCCACCGCCGCCGCCGCCUCACCACCACCAUCAUGAAAAUUACCACAGCUCCGAUUUGGACGACUUCGUGACCGAUGACGUAUUCGACACCGGAAGAUUCUUCAAAGAUUUCAACAGAGAAAUGGAACAGCUAGAAAAAGCGAUCGAAGAACUCGUGAAACACUUCCCCAGUCAAGCGACAUCUGGUCUUGAAGGAAACCAAUACAAGAUCAACAUAAACCUCAACGGUUUCGACGAGAAGGAAAUCUCCGUUAAAGCUAGAGAUGGCUUAGUGAUGGUUCAAGCCGUUCAUAAGACUGAAGGAGGCAGCGAGAGGACCUACUUGGACGUAAGGACGCUUCCAUCCUUCGUUAAAUCUGAUAGCGGCAGCUGGACUUACGGUGAAGAUCUUUUGAAGAUUGUGUUCGAUGUUAAAGAGGGUGCGGGUACAACUGAAGUUGCAGGAAGCACCGAGGCUGUUCAAGUGACUCAGGCCCCUGAUCGCGAGGAGAUGGAGAGCCAAGAGAAUGAAAACACGGAUCAGGAUGCUGACGUCGGCGCGCGAGGAGACACCGAACUUAUCACCAACGAGAUCCCUAAAGGAGAGGAGAAGGUGGAAGCUACCACGUACGCGGUUGACUUUAAUAAUGAGGUAGAGUUUGUGCCUGUGCGUUUGAACCCAGUUAAGCAAUAAUUCGAAACUUGUUUACUAAAUAGUUUGUUAAUGAACAAGAUAACUUAAUUUUCGGAGAACUGAAAACAAAACAAAUGAAGUGGCAAUUGGUAUUAAAUUUAUAGUUGUAUAACAAAAAAGUGCCAUUAAUUGUUAAAUAACAAGUAAAAUAUGCUUCUUAAUUUU